AUUUUGAUGUUGUGUUGCAUCAGUAUCCUGCGCUCACGUUGCUCAGAGGUCACGCAGUUUGCAGCAGACCAUCCUGCUUCGCAAACUCACGCAAGCUGCUGCGGACCACGGCGAUAACACUGUUGAUUUUGACGCUGUGGGAUCAGCCGCGACAAUUUUAACCCACAUUUAAGCCGCUGCAGCCAAUGGAUCCGGGGGGCGGUUAGGGCUCGCUAGGGGAGUUGUCUGCUUACAAGUAAGCCGAUUGGGCCGCCUUAAAAAGGGCACACCUCCGCCUUCUGCUGCUGCACAGAAAUAGAAAGGUCUGGCAGGAAGAGCAGCUCUAGUAAGGGGGACAAAUUAAGACGAUUUACUCGGAGUGAGAGCCGGUUUCAUUAGCCGUAGUAACUGUUUACCUUCUCCAGCCGGGCUGACCACCGAGCCGGGGGGUAAAUCUGCUGUUUCGUUCAGAUCCAAAUACAAUUAUUUUCUAUAAUUCAUUCUGAAUUACAGCUUAAAUCCACUUGAAGGCUUCCAACUUGUUAAUUUUCUAAAGGAAUGGCCCUAGACUUCGCCGCUGGAUGUGUGGGAGGUGCUGCUGGUGUUUUGGUCGGCCAUCCAUUUGAUACUGUAAAGGUGCGGCUUCAGGUUCAAAAUGUGGACAAACCUCUUUACCGCGGGACAUUUCACUGCUUUCAGUCGAUCGUGCGCCAAGAAUCGAUGCUCGGACUGUAUAAAGGCAUCGGUUCUCCAAUGAUGGGGCUGACGUUCAUCAACGCCAUCGUCUUCGGCGUCCAAGGCAACGCCAUGCGGAAGCUCGGCCGCGACACGCCCCUCAACCAGUUCCUGGCGGGCGCCGCUGCCGGAACCAUCCAAUGCGUCAUCUGCUGCCCGAUGGAGCUGGCGAAGACGCGCAUGCAGAUGCAGGGAACCGGCGAGAAGAAGUCCAAGAAGAAGAUGUACAAGAACUCCCUGGACUGCCUGGUGAGAAUCUACAGGAAGGAAGGGUUCCGGGGCAUCAACCGCGGCAUGGUGACCACGCUGCUGCGCGAGACGCCCGGCUUCGGCGUGUACUUCCUGGCGUACGACGUGCUGACGCGUUCGCUGGGCUGCGAGCCGGAGGACCCGUACAUGAUCCCAAAGCUGCUGUUCGCCGGCGGGAUGUCGGGCAUCGCCUCCUGGCUCUCCACAUACCCGGUGGACGUCAUCAAGUCGCGGCUGCAGGCCGACGGCGUCGGCGGCGUCAACAAAUACGGCAGCAUUGCGGACUGCGUCAGGCAGAGCUUACAGAAGGAGGGGUACCGGGUGUUCACACGCGGCCUCACCUCCACACUGCUGCGCGCCUUCCCGGUCAACGCCACCACCUUCGCCACUGUGACUCUGUUUUUAAUGUACAUGCGACGGGAGGAGGAAUGCGGCAUGCAGAACACUGAGCCGCCCGCCGUGCAGCUGCAGCCGCAACCAACCAGCAUGUAAGGUGCAGAUUAGCUGAUGCGCACCUCUCCAUCCGUCUGUGGUAUUUAAAAACUUUUUUUUUAAAACUAAAAGCUGAAUUUGUGUGUAUAUAUGGCUUCUUUUCUCACCCAUGCUUUUCUACAAUAGUUAUAUUGGGAACAGUAUCGUAAGGGUGCACCGAUUGCAGCUUUCAGGCCAAACUCAGGUCUUUAAGUAAGAAACAUACAUUGGUUCUGCAGUCAUGCUAACGGUUAGCAUUACUUUCUGCUAAUUUCAUGUUUAGCGAUUUGGAGUUAGUUUCUGUCAAUGCUCUGUAUCUUUAAAAAAAAAAAAGCCGAUUCCGAUUUUGGACGAUACUGUUUGUUUUUUUUUGUUUGAAAUGUUGGUAAAUGUAGCAGUUUGUAACAGUGACUAUUGUUAACUGCAACUGUGCGGUUGAAAUAAGAUCGGCUUUACAUGCAAGUAUCGGCCGAUCACCCAAAAUAAAUCGGUGCACCCCUACUGUAUCGUUACUGUAAUUGUUACAAACAAGUUUAAAAACUAUAAUGCUGUUUAGUAAGGAUUCAUCAAUAUGAAAAUAUGAGCCAAUAACCAUAUUUGUUGUUAGUAUUUAGAGAUAUUGUCUACAUUUCACCACUUUUACGACACAUUUGGGGUGAAAAUUGAAUAUAUAUUGUUCAUAUCUGACAAAUAUUGUCCGAUACCGAUGUUAGUUCCGAUACUAUCUAGGUCAGAUAGUGACUGCAUGCAUGUAAAUUGGUGCAGUUAUUCUGGUCAUUUUUUAUUUUAACUUAUCAAAACUGUCAUGAUUAUCUGGCAUCUUGCAAUAACGGAGAAUAGUUUACAAAAACGUUCCCAAAGUAUUUUUAACAGGUCGGCUGGCUUUGUGUGACUUUAACCUCCUUGUAGUGUUGCAUAAAUACAUUUCUGGAUAUUUUCUCAGAUAAAAUCAAACGUAAGUCUGCGUUUUAAAGAAGCACCUUAUAUAACCACAUGAAUGGUUGAAGCUAAGGCGAAAUGUUUUUUCUUUUUUUUGCAGUAACUACUUAAAACACUGAAUGCUGUGUUUAGAGUUGGGUUGGAAGAAAUGAAAACUGUUAGCAGAAGUCACUUUGUCCACAAGGGGGCAGCAGCAGACCAGCUACAUUCACCCAUUUGCAUCAAUAGCUGCUCUUUUUACAUGACUGCAUAUUUUACUGAAUAGCAUGGAUUAAACUGGAUGAAUGUUGAGACUUAAGAGCUUAAAUGUGGGUUAAAUUUCCCAAUAAUCAUGAGUAAUAUCCCUGUAUGUAGAUGGUGCGUGUUGUUGGACAUAAUGUACAUUAAUGUGAAAGUGCUGCUGAUUGUUGUCGAGGCUAUAGAAUGACUUUUUUGUAAUUUUGUUUGCCUUUUUUCUAAGUUGGAAGGACUGCUUUAGCUGUCGAAUGCUGCUUUGUAUCCUGUGCUUGAUUCUGUACGAUACUUUGCACCAAAGUAGCCAUUCAAAUGUAGAUCUUUAAAAAAAAAUAAA